AUGAGGCAGGUGCGCCGGCUGUUGGAGCAGGACAUGGGCUUGGAAGCGGGAAUGCUGGAUGCUGACACCGAUGCCAGGAAUUGGAUCUCGCAGAAGGUGGACAGCAUGCUUGAGGGGCCAAAGUGCAAGAAGGCCAAGCGAAAGAGGGGUGAGGGCGGGGCGGCGCCUACUGACCCACACAGUCCUACAACUGACCCACACGGCGGCUUGAAGGAUUCAGAGAGCUCGAGCGCCGCUGUGGGGCUCGGGAGGCUGCCACACGACUUGUGGUCGUGCGUGUUUACCCUGUUGGAUCACGAGGGCCUCGCCACCGUCCCGCAGGUCUGCAAGAGCUGGAGGCUGAUGUCCACAGCGGACGCCCUCUGGCAUCACCACUACUACGCGAGGGGCUUCCACGAGACCUCCCCACUGCGCCCAGAAACGGCUCCCGAAGAAUCAGCAGCCCAGAGGUCCCCCGAUUCGCAACUCCCCGUCCUCAAAAGGCCCCGGACCCCAACCCCCAGUUGUGAAACCCUGCAUCUGAAUCACGGCACUGAAAACUGCGGCCUGUGGCGGGACAAGUACAUUGCGGCCUACCAGUCGAGUUGCUACGACUGCUUCUCGCCGACGCUGCGGCAGACAAUUGUCAAUGCACCCCUGCGCCUGCAGCUGUGCUCCGACUGCUGGUCGGGCUACGAAGGGGCCAGGCCCGGGCAAAGGCUGGCAACGAAGAAGGAGGCCAAAUGGGCAUUUCGUCUCAGAGACGCGGACUUGGAGGGGCUGCCCUACGCUUCCGAUGUGAACAUUGUGCACGUGAACUUCACCAGCAUGACGCUUUUCAGGAGGGCGGACCUCCGGAGGGUCGCGUUGCGCAGGUGGGGUGGGGAGGAGGGGUUUUUGAAGGAACUCGUGAGGAGCAGGAGGAUCUGA